UGACACUUCGCUUCUGUCCACCGAGUGGGAGCGCAUCCCCUCCGUUUGCACAUGCAACAACUUUUUUUUGUUUCUCUCCCAGAUCUCGUUUUUAGGAAGCUUCUCUAUCUGUGCAGUAAAUUAAUCCUGGGACGAAUUUUGAAUAUUGAGCCACAAGGGAAAGUUUCAUGUUUUACCGGGAAGAGUAGGUGACUAAGUUAACGGGCAGCAUCAUCAUGAAGCCACGUCGGGAAGGUGCUGACUUGCUAACCGGCUGGGAACUGUUUCUCUUUUUAGUUCUUCUUGUUCCAUGUUCCUCCGUAAAUGCUGCUUUGCCGGUCUACCGUGGACACAUCGCGGAGAACGCGCCGGCGCGCACGCGGGUGCGGGGUCUGCUCGUGCCCGUUGCAGAAGCCCACCGUGGUUCCUGUCCAGGAUCCGGAUCGGACGUCGCCCUUCGAGGGGAAGGAGCCUCAGACUUUCGUUUGGUCUACCGGCGCGAGGAACGGGGUCUCUUUCUGGAAACAACGAGGGCUCUGGAACGAGAUUCGAAGUCCUCCUACUGCCUCGAGGCGCUCGGACCUCGAUGCCUUAGCAGCACCGUGGAGGUCGAAGUCAAAGUUCUCCGAGUGGACGGCAGCAAACCUCCGUCCAUCGCAGAAGAUAAAGCGGGAGAAGUGGACCGAGUGGGUUCCGAACCGAGUGGGACCUCAGGUGAAGCCGGAGUCCUUCACUAUGCAAAGCACCCCAGUGCAGCUGCGUUUCUUACAACUGCUAGACCCCUGAAAGGUGUGGAGGGUGCAGGAGAUGAGAUGCUGCUGGGCAGAGACCCCACAACCCUGCGGGGCUCCGAACCGAGGAAGCCCAGAGCAGUGACAGAGGAGCUGUCCUACACCGUGGCCCUCUCCCAAGACGUGGAAGUGGGAGACGUGGUCUUCACGGUUCCUGACAGCAGGUUUGAGAAGAAGUGGUUCGAGGAGGUUGGAGGAGAAGACUCCCCGGUGCAGGUGGAGAGGGAAUCGGGUCGAAUCUCCUUAACGCGAAGGUUGCAGAGUCCGGCCGACGUGCGCAUCAGAAUCCACAACCUCAGAGGUGACGAGUGGUACCUGUGUCGGCUGGCCCUGAGCAUCCCCGACGUGUCGGACCUCCAGUGGGCCAUGUUUCCCCACCCCUACCUGGCGGCGGUGGCCCCCGAUGCUGCCCCCGGCUCCGCGGUCUACCGACUUUCUCUCCGUCGCGCCGACUCCGUCCCCGGGGCCUCCCACUUCCUGUUGGUGGAGGGGGGCGAGGGGCGGUUCGAGGUAGACCGGACUUCGGGCGAGAUACGGACCACGGGUCGACCCCUGGCCCCCAACAAGGAGUACGUGCUGAAGGUGCAAGCAGCGGACACGCAGGGUCGCAAGGGUCCCGUGGCGAACGUGGCCAUCCUGGCAGGACUCCGCCCUCCGCAGUUCAGCAACACCUCCUACGCGGCCUUCGUACCCGAGAACACGGCGGCAGGCCAGGCUGUGCUGGUGGUGCAGGCUAUAUCCUUCCAGCGCCUCGCCCUCUCCUACAUGCUCCUGGUGAACCCCGGCAACCUGUUCGGCGUGAACCAGGAGAGCGGCGCCGUGAGCUUGACGCAGGCUGUCGAUUACGAGGGCGGCCACAACCUGCAUCACCUGCAGGUGCGGGCGUCGGAGUCGUCCACUGGCCUGAGCAACGUGGCAGAGGUAGUGGUGCACAUCACUGACGAGAAUGACUGCACUCCGGAGUUCAUGCAUUCCAUCUACAGCCGGGACAACAUUCCAGAGACCACCAUGCCCGGAACCUCUUUACUACAAGUGUUGGCUCGGGACUGCGACACCGGCCUGAACUCGGAGAUCUCCUACUUCAUCCAGAGCCUGGACUUCGACAUCAGCGCGCAGGGCGUGGUGACCCCCAGCCAGCGGCUCGACUACGAGAGGCCGAACCACAUGUACGAGUUCGUAGUGGUGGCCGUGGACCGGGGCAGUCCGGCCCGCACCGGCACCGCGUCCGUGCGCAUCCGCAUGGCCAAUGCCAACGAUGAGGUUCCCGUCUUCUCCCAGGCUGUCUACAAGACCUUCCUGUCCGAAGAUGCUGGGCCCGACACUCUGGUGGCCAUCGUCCACGCCAAGGAUCCCGACGGCGAUGCUGUAACGUACGCCAUCACCGGCGGUAACGAAGACAGCAACUUUGAGCUAGACAACCAGAAGGGAAUCAUCAAGCUGCGAAAGAGCCCCCCGCCCAAGCUGCGAGGGCCCCGGUACGUCCUGAACAUCACGGCCACGGACGACAACGCCUCUGGCGGGCCACACCCCCUCAGUAGCUCCGCCCAGGUGAUCGUGGGCAUCAACGACAUCAAUAACAACAAGCCCAUCUUUGACGAGUGUCACAACUACAGCCUCAGCACUUGGGUUCUGGAGAACCAGCCCCCCGGUACCUUUGUGCUGCGGGUUCGAGCCCACGACGCUGACAUCGGGGUCAACGGCCAGGUCAGAUACGGAAUCAUGCACCGCGACGGCACGUCUUCCGGUUUCGCCAUCGAUCCCGAUACAGGUGCGAUCAGCACCACGGUGAGCUUUGACCGCGAGCGCCAGCGCGAGUACACCCUCUCCGUCACCGCCACAGACCUCGCCCAGGAGCCGCUCAUCGGUAUCUGCCAGAUCACCGUGCUCAUCGCCGACCAAAACGACAACGACCCCAAGUUCGAGAACAGCCGCUACCAGUACUUCCUGCGGGAGGACACGCCCGUGGGGACGAGCUUCCUGCGUGCCGCCGCCCACGACGACGACCAGGGGACCAACGCGGCCAUCAGCUACUCGCUGUCGCACCAACACCCCGCCUACUUCCACAUCAACCCGAGCACAGGAUGGGUCUACGUGAAUCACCCCAUCUCGCAGACGUCCCGCAUCAGCCAGCAGAUCAUCGCCACGGACGGUGGGAACCGCAGCAGCUCGGUGGAUCUCACCGUCAUCAUCACCAACGUGCACAACCAGCCGCCGCAGUGGGAGCAGGCCGAGUACUGGGUCACCAUUCCGGAAAACACCGUGCGGGACACCAAGAUUGUGACAAUUAAGGCCACCUCGCCCCUUGGUGACCCCAGAGUGACCUACAACCUGGAGGAGGGUCAGGUCCCCGAGACCAACAUGCCCGUGAGAUUCUACAUCAAACCCAAUCGCUCGGACGGCUCGGCGUCCAUCCUGGUGGCGGAGCCAUUGGACUUUGAGACCACGCGGUUCUUCACGCUGCGGGUCCGUGUGCAGAAUGUGGCGGCAGUCCCUUUGGCCUCCUUCACCACGGUCUACGUCAACCUCACAGAUGUGAACGACAACGUGCCCUUCUUCAUGUCCGCCACAUACGAGGCGACUGUACCGGAGGGGGCAGAAAUUGGGACAUCGGUGGUCCAGGUGUCCGCCACAGACCUGGACUCCGGUCUCCACGGGAUGAUCAACUACAUCAUCCUCAAGGACCAAAGUGGAGACUCGCAGCUCUUCAGCAUCAACUCCUACACGGGGGUCAUCCACACACGUGCCUCCUUUGACCGGGAGCAGAAGAGCUCCUACCUGAUCGAGGUCCAGUCUCAGGACAGUUCUGAGUCAGCACGACCGGGCCAGCAGGGGCAGCCCAACACAGAUACGGCCUACGUGCGGAUCUUCGUCACGGAUGUCAACGACAACGCCCCUGCCUUUUCUCAGCCCGUCUAUGAGAUCAGCGUGGAGGAGGACGUGGAAGUGGGCUUCGCUGUCAUCACCGUCACUGCCAAUGAUGAGGAUGAAGGGGCCAACGCCAAGCUGCGCUACCAGAUCACGUCGGGCAAUGCGAUGGGUGCGUUUGACGUGGAGCCCGAGGUGGGGACCAUCUUCAUCGCUCAGAGGCUCGACUAUGAGAUGGAGCAACGUUACGAGCUGCGCCUGGUCGCCUCCGACGGCAAGUGGGAAAACCAGACGUUGGUCAUCGUCAAUGUGGUCAACCGCAACGACGAGGCACCACUCUUCAGCCAGACCGAGUACCAUGCAGCCGUCAUGGAGGAACUGAGCGAGCUUCCCGUUCUGGUUCUCGAGGUGUCGGCCACCGAUCCGGAUCAGGAGGCCGACCAGACGGCUCUGCGUUACUCCCUGCACGGGCAGGGUGCGGGGAGCGAGUUCACCAUCGAGGAACGGACGGGCCGGAUCCAUGCCCGGAAGAAGCUUGACCGCGAAGAGCGCUCCGUGUGGCGAUUCCUGGUCUUGGCGACCGACGAGAACGGGGCAGGGCUCACGGGCUUUGCUGACGUCAUUGUGGAAGUGCAAGACGUCAACGACAACGCGCCUGUGUUCCUGUGCUCCGUGGACGGCUGCUUCGUGGGCCACGUGCCCGAGAACUCCCCUGCCGACACCUCCAUCAUGGAAAUGAGGGCCACAGAUCUGGACGACCCCAAGGCAGGAAAGAACGCAGUCCUGACCUACCGAAUUGUACAAAACGUGCGCAACGAGAUCAAUCUGAACCUCUUUUCCAUCAACCCCUCAACUGGCACGAUUUACACAGUGCUGCGGUCGCUGGACAGGGAAGUGGAGGACCGUUACCUUGUGGUUGUGGAAGCCAGAGAUGGAGGAGGCCUCUCAGGUACUGGAACUGCUACCAUUGUUGUGUCAGACAUCAACGACCACCCUCCCGUGUUCACUCAGAGGGUGUACAUGGCGUCCAUGACAGAGAACCUGGACAUCAACAGCGAGGUGCUGGUCGUGUCUGCAACGGAUGGAGAUGAGGGAGAGAACGCUCUGAUGACCUUCAGCAUUAUCAGCGGCGAUGAUGACCGCAAGUUCUUCAUCGAGACAGACAAGGUGAACCAUCGCGGCACCAUCCGGCUGAAGAAGAAGAUUGAUUUUGAGAAGCCCCACGAGCGCACCUUCAACCUGACUGUCAAAGUGGAGGACAUGGACUUCUUCAGCCUGGCUUACUGCGUCAUCCAGGUGGAGGACUCCAACGACCACGCCCCGGUUUUCUUCCCCCAGUUCUAUGAAGCGGGUACCAUGUUCGAGGAUGUUCCCAUGGGAACGAUUGUCGCUCAGGUCACUGCCGUCGACCUCGACUCCGGGCAGAACGGGAAAUUUUUCUACAGCAUCGCACCUGAGUCUGAUCCUCACGAGCAGUUCCUGGUGGACAAGAAUGGGUGGGUAGUGGUGGCCGACUCCUUGGACCGGGAGAAGAUGGCUCAGCAUCGCCUCAUGGUUCAUGCCACGGACAUGGGCAACCCAGCGUUGACGGGCACCGCCAUCGUGUUGGUGACCGUGCAGGAUGUCAAUGACAAUGGCCCAGAAUUCGAGGCGCCCUACCAGCCGAUAGUGUGGGAGAACUCGGUUGCACCACAGGUGGUCCGCAUGAACGACACCUCCAUCCCGCUGCAUGCCACCGACAAGGACUCCGCACCCAACGCCGGGCCCUUCUCGAUCCGUUUGCUGACGUCGAACCGCGAUGCAGCCAGCUUCAACCUGACCGACCUGAGAAACGGCAGCGCCAUCAUCACAGCGUUGCGCACCUUCGACCGCGAGGAGCAGAAGGAGUACCUCCUGCCCAUCCUCAUGAUUGACAGUGGGACUCCUCCGAUGAGCUCCACCUGCACGUUGACCGUCACCAUUGGAGACCGCAAUGACCACCCUCAUACAGCAGGUCACACUGAAUUUAUAGUGUACAGCUAUAAUGGUAUCCUCCCCAGUGGCGCUCUUGGACAGGUCCAGUCCCCGGACCUCGACGACUGGAAUGACAAGGUGUACAGAUUGGAAGGCACACCCUCCAGACACUUCGUUCUGAACCAAAGCUCCGGUCAGCUCAGCGUGAAGCCCGGCACUCCUCCCGGGACCUACAGCUUGCAGGUCCGAGUAGCGGAUGGCAUCUGGCCGGACGUCACCUCCACCGUGGAGAUUGUCGUCAUGGCGCUGGAGGAGGAGGCGGUGCGGAAUGCAGGCUCCCUGCGCCUAGCGAACAUCACGGUGGAGGAGUUCUUCUCGGCGCCUCCUGGCAAGGAGAGCAGGUUCUCACACCUGCGCCGACUCCUCUCCAGCAUCCUGCGCGCAGACCUGGAGAACGUGCACGUCUUCAGCGCAGCUGGCGGUGGCGGACGGCGCCCCCGAGAGGUCAGCGUGUGGUAUGCAGCCCAUGGCUCACCGUACUACAAGCCGGAGAAGCUGAAUGGAAACGUGGCCGUGUACAAGGCCAAGCUGGAGGCCGCCCUGGGCGUGGCUAUCACCCAGGUGGGCGUGGACGAGUGCGCCUACAGCGACUGCAGCCAGACGGGGGGCUGCAGCAGCAGCGUGAGCUUCGCCGACGCCCCGAGUGCGCUGAGCCGGGGGGCCACGGCACUGGUGUCGCUCGCCCCCUCCGUCAGGGCGCGGUGCGGGUGCGAGGGCCGGGACAGAGAGCACCUCUCCUGCUCCUCGUACCCCGGAGGCCCCUGCCUCAACGGGGGCACGUGCCUCGACAGCGAGCUGGGCUACAGGUGCCAGUGUCCACCGAUGUUUGACGGGCCCGAGUGCCAACAGACCAAGCACACGUUCCGCGGUCACGGUUACGCCUGGUUCCCGCCACUGAAACCCUGCUUUCAGAGUCGCAUCUCCCUGGAGUUCAUCACCGAGUCCCCUGAUGGGCUGCUGUUCUACAAUGGGCCCCUUGGGGUCCCGCAGGCUGGUGACCCCGAGGACUUCAUAGCCCUGGAGCUGAAGAACGGGGUCCCGUCCCUGAGCGUGAGCCAUGGCUCGGGCACCCUGACCCUGCAGCUGCCCUCCCGGGCCGCCAUCACCGACCGGCGCUGGCACCGCCUUGACAUCGCCAGCAAUGGCAAGACCGUGCAGCUUGUGCUGGACCAUUGCGCGGGUUCCGCGCUCAGCGAGACGGACAGCCAGGGUGCAGAUGCGCUGGAGGCGGACCAGUCCACCUGCAGGGCGUCCGGAGAGACCCCCGGCUCCGCCAGGUUCCUAGAUGUGAACCAGCCCCUGCAGCUGGGUGGGGUGAAGGAGGACUCCCUGUUCCGACACACACACCCACACUUUCGCAGCUUUUCGGGUUGCGUGAGGAACCUGGUCGUGGACAGCCAGAUAUAUGACCUUGGCAGCCCUGCCGAGAGCCUCAACAGCACUCCAGGGUGCAGCCUCACGGACGGGGUGUGUCUGACCGCUGGGGGGCCUUCCUGUGGCAUCCAUGGCAAGUGCCUGGGGGAGUGGGGCUCGUUUAGCUGUGACUGUCACCCAGGCUUCAGUGGACACAAGUGCGAGCAAGCCCUCCCUGAGUGGUCCUUUGAGAGGGACAGCAUGCUGCGCUACCAACUGCGGGGUGGCAGCACCUCGAGACGAACUCACGCCCAGCUGCUGCUUCGAACCCGGAGCCCCAAUGGCAGCUUGCUGACCCUGUCCUCAAGGGAAGCCAACCAGCACAUCACUCUGGAGGUGGUGGACGGGCACCUGGGCGUGCGAGCCAACCUGGGUAAUGGCGACCACACUCUGCAGCUGCCCGGUCAGCGGGUGGACCGUGGCCAGUGGCUUUUCGUCAGCCUCCAGCGCUAUGACAACCUGUUCACACUGCGGCUAGAGCAGGGCGGCGGGGCGCGUGAGGCCAGUGCUGUGCUGGGGCGUGACCGUGACGCGGCGCUGCACCCCUCCGGCGCUCAGCUGGGGAGUGGCCCCUUCCGCCACCCCCAGGGAGACUUCCAGGGUUGCCUUCGAGACGUGAGGCUCAAUGGACACUCGCUGCCGCUGGACGGCCAGAGCACGGAAUUCAGCGGCGUGCUGGAGCGUCGCGGCGUUCUGCCCGGCUGCCAUUCGAACGCCUGCAGCGCCGCACCCUGCCGAAGCCCCCUCUACUGCGUCGACCUGUGGAGGAAGCAUGAGUGCAGGUGCCCAGCUGGACAGGUGACGGUGCCCGAUGAGGCGUCGGGGCUCCAACGCUGCGCCCCUUCUCCCUGUGGACCUUCUACCUGCCGAAACGGAGGCACGUGCCUCGCCCAGUCGCCCCAGCGCUUCCAGUGCCGCUGCCCAGACGGCUUCCGGGGCCAGUGGUGCGAGGUGAGCCAGGUGAAGGCUCUCCGCCUGGCCGCCCUCAGCCCCAGCUCCAUCCUGGCCAUCAGCAUGUGCCUGCUCGUCUUCUUCGCUGUGUUGGUCGCCGUGACCGUGUGGAACCAGAAGGGCAGCCGCACUAAGUUCCAGAAGAGAGGCGUGUACCACAUCCCGGCGGAGCACGAGAGCUGGGAGGACAUCCGAGAGAACAUCCUCAACUACAACGAGGAGGGCGGGGGCGAGCAGGACCAGAAUGCCUACGACAUCACCGAGCUGAAGCGACCCCUGGGCUCCAGCCUAUCGCAGUCCUCUUCCUGUACCACUGCCCCCCUCAUCAAGUCGUCCCAGGGCUCCCAGGAGGAAGUGCACCCGGGCGGAGCCAUCGCCGCCGUCGCCUGUCCCCACUCGGCCGGCUGCCCCAUGGACUUCAAGGGCUACGUCUCCCGCAUCGUGUGGGAGGCAGAUAACGACAGCGAGGCCUUCCCGGCGGACACCUACCACAUGUACUGCUUUGAGGGCGGAGCCUCGCCCGCCGGCAGCCUCAGCUCGCUUGGCUCGAUCGCGCCCGACGCUGCCUUCAGCUACGACUGCCUGCGCCAAUGGGGUCCCAAGUUCGAGGUGCUGGGAGAGCUGUACCAUCAGCCUGAGUUCGUGCUCACCUACAGGGAUGCCGUCCACAACUACAGCCACAGCCAGGACCCCCAUUGAUGCGGCAGUCUGCCGGGGCACCCACCUCCUCAUCGCUACCUGCGUCCUCUAUUAUUCUUUAAACUUAGAUCCUCGCUGUUCGUUUGAGAUGAGAGGCGAGAAAUCUUCCCUGUGAACGAAUUUUAGUUUCUUUUCUUCUUCCGCAAGGGAAGCACCAGAGUUUUAUCUGUGAGGGGCUUCGUCGGCACGCAGAGCUUAAGGGAUCAGGCGCGGUCUAAUUUAUGGAGUUUUUUUUUUUUUUACCGGUGAAAUGUUAAUGUACUGUAUUUAUUUUGGCAUUUAAACAGGGACACAGAAAGUAUCCCACAAUCCUUUUUUGGAGGCAGUAGCUUUGAGCAGCCCGAGGAAACCAGGAGCCGUGCGCUGGCUAAUCCCUUCGGGGGGAAUCAAAGACUUUUCUUCUCAUUUUCUUGCGUGGGCCUUUAGGACGGGAGUUUUUUUCGAGGAUGGAGAAGAGGGCCAGGAUGUAUUUCAGAGGGAGGAAGUGAUGUAACCUUUGUUAGGCAAGAGUGGGCCACACCGAUGUCUGCCACACGUGGUGGAAGGUUGACCAAUUGGGAGACCCCAAACCCUCAGUUUCCAGUGUUUACAGCGACUCGCACAGCUCCCCUGCUGGACCACCCAUUAAAUCCAUCCCCACCCCAACCCCCCCAGUGACCAUUUCCAAACUCCUCCUUUUCAUCUGUGUCCAGAAGCGCUAGUGAAGGACGGUCGACCUCCGGCGAACAAAUUGCUCAACCGGUUUGCCAAAAAUACUGACUUACAAAUGCUGAUGGACGUAAAGGUGGAGCGGGAAGAAGAUCAGCUGCCGACACUAAUGACGCAGUGUCACCUGUGGCAUUGUGAUUUAUUUUUAUACUCCAAUACAUUCCUCCCUGGAUGUGCACUGUGUCAAUAUUUCCUCAUGACCAUUAAUUUUGUUCCUCCUGUGCAGAGAUGUGUGUAAAUAGUCGAUGAAGGUGCUGCUGUUUCUGGUGACGGUUGCACCUUGCGGUGUCGUCACGGACAAACGUGCCGCAUGUUGGUGGCCCGGGAGCCCGAAGGAGACCACGUCGGCUCCAUGACUUUCCCGGAGAAAUUGAUGAAA